AUGCCGCCAACUAGAAGGCCAACACACCGUGGACCCAAGGUAAAAUGCGAAGUAUCAGGCUGUAACAAUAACCGCGGCUUCAAGAAAAACGAGUACCAGAUUAGGGAGUAUUCUAGGUUCUGCGAUGAUCAUACUUGCAUGGCGCGGAAACCUCAAGUUGCCACACCAUUUUGUCCCAAACGCAGAGAAUCCGGAGCAUUAUUUUGUGGGAAACACCAAAAGUGCGGCGGCGGCAUCGGAAACUGCCUGCAGCAUGGUGAAUACCCUGAUAGGCACCUGCCGUGGGUAUGUGGAGAACAUAAAUGUGCACUCCCACAGUGCCGACAGCCUCGCGAUAUCGACACCUAUCACUGCCGCGAUCACAGAUCCCUGGGAUACCCUCAAAAAUGCGCGAUCGAGCCCUGCAUCGGAGUAGUACAGGAAGACAGUACUUUUUGCAUAAACCACGGUUGUGCUAUAUCAGGCUGCGGCGGGCGGGCGGAGGAUGAUCGCAGGUGUCACGAACAUCGCCCGUGUCUUAAGAAUGGAUGCGAGAGGUUUGCUCAGGAACGCAGAGACUUCUGCAUAGGCCAUACCUAUUGCGACAUUGAAGACUGCUCAAAUGUUGCAGAAUACGGGGCUCGAUAUUGCCCAGAGCACGAGUGCAUAUCCAAGAGCUGCUCUAAUGUGCGCAAGGGCAGAAGCGAAUUCUGCCAGAACCUCAAGACAAAUGCGUCGAGCAUGGAUGUCAGCAGUCGAGGCGGAUUAGAGGCGACCCACGCGCACAGUAUUGCCAACACCACCAGUGUGAAGAAGGCGGGUGCUUGA